GACUGAAGAACAUUCGAUCAGUAAAGAUGGAGCCCUCACUGGAGUCCUCCUCUCCUCUCCUGCUACAGACUUUAUGGGACAAGAUAAGAGCACAAGAAGACUUUCUCCGCUCUCCCUUGUUCCCUGUCCUGUUCUCCAUGACACUCUAUCUGAGCUGCUGCCUGCCUUACCUGUGCCUGGACACCCUGUCCUCCAGAGUAGCCCUGGUGCACCGCUACAAGAUUCAGUCACAUAGCAGGGUGACCUGGGCAAUGGCAUGGAGCUGCCUGGCUACCUCCCUGCACACCCACGCUGUGUUCAUUUUCCCCCUCAGUGUUCUGCACUGGUACUGGAGACCAGUGGUCCUCCCUGCCCAAGCCCCUGGGGCUCUUCGUGUGGCCUGGGAUGUGUUAGCCUGUCUCCUCCUCUUUGACCUGCAGUACUUUGUGUGGCACGUGCUGCACCACAAGGUGCCCUGGCUCUACCGGACUUUCCACAAGGUGCACCACCGAUACACAGCCACCUUCGCCCUGACCACAGAGCACUCUGGGAUCUGGGAGACCCUGAGUCUGGGCCUGUUUGCUGCAGUGAACCCUAACCUGCUGGGCUGCCACCCGCUCACCAAGAUGCUCUUCUUCACCCUGAACAUCUGGCUGUCUGUGGAGGACCACUCAGGUUAUGACCUGCCCUGGGCCCCUCACAGACUGGUACCCUUUGGGCUCUAUGGCGGAUCUCCGCACCACGACCUCCACCAUCUCAAGUUCAUGGUCAACUACGCACCCUACUUCACACACUGGGACAGGCUGUUCGGCACGCUGUUGCAUACAGACAAACCAGACACGUAUGAUGUAGAUGUGUUGGAUGCUUCAAAAAGAUGUGAUACAACAUCAAGUGGUGUGACUGAUGUAAGCCAUGCACCAGUGUAUGAGGCUACACAAAGCUGUUUGAAAGACUAUGAGGUAAAGUUCAGAGGAAAAUGAGGAAGACCUUUUCUCUGACCCCACCGGGACCAAAUCAGAAAUUGACAUUUGAAUGGAGCUCUACAAAGAGUUUGUGUCACCUAUGUCAGUAUUAUGUGUUUAUAUAGUGUUUGUUUUUAAAAAGUGCAAUACAGUGAAGAAAAAACUUGAYAAUCAUGUGACCAAUGGACUAUUACUGUAGCUGCUUCAUUACAAUGAAUAUACCGUGUGUAUAUAUGGGUGAUUCUGCAACUUUGGGCACUUUGGC